GUACGAGAAAGGUUGGUAUAUUAUUUCCGUACAAGAAAGGUCCUCAGGAGGGACGGGUAUAUGGUAUCUGCGAGAAAGGAAAGAAAAAGACCGAAAGGCGGAUAUUACAAAGAAUUACAUGACAAAUGAAUCACUCCGCCGCCGCCAAAAUCCCACUCAUCCUCGUCAAAAUUCAACAGUUCUGUGACCGUCGACUCUCAUCACCGCGCCGGUGAAAUGAGCUGCCGCGACAGGACUUGUCGAAGCCGCCGCACCAGACAUAACUCAUGUCUCAAGGUGUAGACCCCUCAAAGCGCAGUCGGCACGCCAGCGGCAGCCACAGCGGGGGCAGCAGUGGGAGCGACCUCAACCUUGUCCUCGGCAGCCGGGGCGGUCGCCGCGGCGGGGGCCUCCUCCUCGGAGUCGGCGGCGUCCUUGCUGGCGUCCUUGGUCUCGACAGCGGCGGACUGCUCGGCGGCCUUCUCGCGCUUGCCGAGGUUGAGGCACCCGAGCAGGGAUGUGAGCGACUUGACGAGGGCCUUGAGACCGCCGCUUGCGGGCUUGGGCUUCUUCUCCUGGGCGUCCGCGUCGGCGGCCUUGGGCAGCUCCUCGUCCUUCUUCUCCGUCUCGGCCGUCUUGGGCUCCUCGACGACGACGGCCGGGAUCUCGGCCUGCUGCUGCUCGGGCUUGGCCUCGAGGGUCGGCUCGGCGACCUGCUGCUGUUGCUGUUGCUCAGACAUGGUGAAGGUUGUGGUGUUGGACGUGGGGAUUGUUGGGAAUGAUGGCGAAGUGGAGGAAGAAAAAUUGCAGGAUUGAAGAUCAGAUCAGGGAGCGUGGUGUCAAAAUGUCAAGAGGGAAAGAAGAA